UUCGUAACCUGAGGAUAUCCACUUGCUUCGCGUCACUGGACGUGCCGGCAGUCGUAUAUGUGAAUCUGAACCCUUUUUUGCUAGACAGUGAACCACAGUGAAUUUCCUGCGCUUGUGCGCGUAUCUCUGAUCAAUAUUACUUAAUAAGAAAUCGUGAUAACUAGUAGAAAAAAAUAAUGGGCCGUUAUCGAAGCCGUAGCCGAGAAAGGGAUAGGAGGCGCAAAUCUCGCAGUCGGUCCCGGAGUCGGUCACCUAGAGAUCGCCGUGGCUGGGGGGGACCUGGUGGUGGAGGAGGAGGAGGAGGUCCAGGACGCGACAGAGGGGGUGGUGGAGGUGGUGGCCGCGGAGGCAGAGGACAGCCUGGGGCUAAUCUCAGAAAGCCACGCUGGGACUUAAGCCGUUUAGAACCAUUCAAGAAGGACUUCUAUGUGCCUAGUGAUGUCGUACAACAUAGGGAUCCUCGUGCCGUCGAACAGUACAGAAGUGACAAAGAAAUCACCCUUAAAGGAAGAAACAUACCUAAUCCUGUAUUCACCUUUGAAGAAGCGGGAUUUCCUGAUUAUGUUCUGAAAGAAGUCAAGAGGCUUGGAUUCAAGGAGCCGACAUCAAUUCAAGCCCAGGGAUGGCCAAUUGCUCUGAGUGGGCGGGACAUGGUGGGAAUAGCUUCAACUGGAUCAGGAAAAACCUUGUCUUACAUACUGCCCGCCAUAGUACAUAUAAAUAGCCAGCCUAAGCUAAGUCGCAAAGACGGUCCUGUAGCUUUAGUCUUGGCUCCGACACGAGAAUUGGCUCAACAAAUACAGCAGGUGGCUGACGACUUUGGUCAUUCGUCAGGCAUCAGGAAUACAUGUUUAUAUGGAGGUGCGCCGAAGGGUGCGCAGGCUAGGGAUCUCGAUGGGGGUGUAGAAAUUGUAAUCGCAACACCCGGUAGACUAUUGGACUUUUUAGAAUCCGGUCGAACAAACCUGAAAAGAUGUACAUAUCUAGUACUGGACGAGGCUGAUAGAAUGCUUGACAUGGGAUUCGAGCCUCAAAUUAGAAAAAUCAUAGAACAAAUUAGACCUGAUAGACAGACACUUAUGUGGUCUGCAACAUGGCCCAAGGAGGUAAAGAAUCUGGCCGAAGACUUUCUUAAGGACUACACGCAAAUAAACGUUGGGUCUCUUCAGCUUGCAGCUAAUCAUAAUAUCCUUCAAAUUAUCGACGUGUGUCAAGACUACGAAAAGGAAAACAAACUUAGCACAUUGUUGAAAGAGAUAAUGGCUGAGAAUGAGAACAAAACGAUAGUUUUUAUUGAAACUAAACGCAGAGUGGACGAGAUAACUAGAAAAAUGAAGCGUGACGGCUGGCCUGCAGUCUGUAUACAUGGGGACAAAACGCAACAAGAAAGAGACUGGGUUUUACAAGAUUUUCGAUCUGGCAAAGCACCGAUACUAGUAGCCACUGAUGUAGCAGCACGAGGUCUUGACGUGGAAGACGUUAAGUUUGUCAUCAAUUUUGACUACCCUUCGUGUUCCGAGGACUACGUCCACAGAAUCGGCCGAACAGGUCGAAGGCAGAAGACUGGAACUGCCUACACCUUUUUCACUCCAAACAACUCAAACAAAGCAAACGAUUUGAUUCAAGUAUUGAAAGAAGCUAAUCAAGUUAUAAAUCCUAAACUACUGGAACUCACUGAUAGCAGAGGUGGUGGUAGCGGCGGCGGCGGCGGUAUAUUUGGAAGGCAUAGAGGAGGAAGAAGCAGAUGGCGUUCUAAGGGCGGAGGAAGCGGAGCAGGAGGAGGAGGGAGAGGUGGAAGAGAUCGCAGUUUCUCCAGGAGUCGAAGUCGCAGUCGUAGUCGUGAGCGCAAUGGUCGAGGAGGAGGUCGUCGGAGCUACAGCCGAAGCUACUCCCGCAGUCGCAGCCCCGUAAACAAUCGCACAGGCAAGUCCUCAGCCAGUCCCAACAACGGUGCAGGGGGCUCUGUUCCACCCCCAACCCUGGCAGCCGCCACUCGUUUAAACUUACAGCCACCUCCUCCGCCCCCUCCCCCUCCUGCUCCUCCUCAACAACUACCAGCCCCUGCUCAGCCUCUUCCUCCAUUACGCCUGAUCUUAUCGGCACAUCCCCCCCCUCCCCCUCCUUCUCAACCUUCACAACCACUCACGGUUUCCACCCACCCACAACUCCCUCCUGCCAUGCCUUCUGUUAUGGGGCCGAUGGGCCCUUCUCUACCCUCGCAUAGCCAUGUUGCGUAUACGGGGGCCCCGACACCCACUCAUUUGAACGUAAUGGGUGUAAUGGGGUUGGGAGGAGCUCCUCCCCCUCCGAGAGUGAACAUGGGGAACGUGGGUGGAGGGUUCCACCAUCAGCAGGGGGGUGGCCCACCGUCAAACAUGAACAUGGCCCCUCCGUCCAAUUUAGGCGGAGGUGGCUACCCCAACAUGCCACCCCGAACUUACAGACCUAGGACAGACAGAGAAUAUGGCAACCGCACAGGUGGAGGCACAUACUGGAACAGCCAACAACAGCCUCACGGAGACAUGGGUGGGCUCAAGCAAAACCAAAAGAAAGCACCUGGUGAUCUCUUGAAGAAACCAAACUGGGACUUGAACUCUCUCCAACCAAUAAUUAAGAACUUAUAUGUCCCACAUGCAAAUGUCGUCAGCCGUUCUCCGGACGAAGUAAACAAGUACCAUAUUGGAAAAGAAAUCACUGUCAAGGGAAACAACACUCCUUUCCCAAUCCAAGCCUUCGAAGAAGGAAACUUCCCGGACUAUGUGAUGGAGGAAAUUAGAAAACAGGGAUUCAAAGAACCUACUGCUAUCCAGUCACAAGGAUGGCCCAUUGCUCUCAGCGGUCGUGAUAUGGUCGGCAUCGCCCAAACUGGAUCCGGCAAAACUUUGGCUUACGUGCUUCCGGCCACUGUGCAUAUCAACAAUCAGCCGCGACUAGGGCGAGGAGAGGGACCUAUCGUUCUCAUCUUGGCGCCAACCAGAGAACUUGCACAGCAAAUCCAGAGCGUAGCUCGAGACUUUGGAUCCUCCUCAUGCAUUCGUAACACUUGUAUCUUCGGAGGGUCACCAAAAGGACCACAGGCUCGAGAUCUAGAGCGUGGUGUUGAAAUUUGCAUAGCCACGCCUGGACGUCUGAUUGAUUUUCUUGAAAAGGGUACAACUAAUCUACGCAGAUGCACGUACUUAGUCCUGGAUGAAGCAGACAGGAUGUUAGAUAUGGGAUUUGAACCUCAGAUCAGGAAAAUUAUCGAACAAAUCAGACCCGACAGACAAGUUCUGAUGUGGUCAGCUACCUGGCCCAAAGAAGUUCAAGCUUUGGCCGAAGAUUUUCUCACUGAUUACAUUCAGAUCAAUAUUGGUUCCCUGACUUUGGCUGCCAACCAUAAUAUACGUCAAAUAAUUGAAAUAUGCCAAGAGCAUGAGAAGGAAACAAAGCUCUCUUCCCUCUUGAGAGAGAUUGGAGCAGACCGCGGUAACAAAACGAUAAUAUUUGUUGAAACUAAGAAGAAGGUGGAUGACAUAACAAAGGCAAUAAAACGCGAAGGAUGGUCAGCAAUUGCAAUACAUGGAGAUAAGUCUCAGCCAGAAAGAGAUUACGUUCUGUCAGAGUUUAGAAAUGGAAAGACGGCUAUACUGGUUGCCACUGAUGUAGCUGCGCGAGGACUGGACGUUGAGGAUGUAAAAUAUGUAGUGAAUUUCGACUACCCAAAUAGUUCCGAGGACUACAUCCACAGGAUAGGCAGAACAGGGCGUUGCGAAAGUGCUGGUACAGCUUAUGCAUAUUUCACACCAAACAACGCGAGACAGGCUAAGGAAUUGGUCUCCGUCCUAGAAGAGGCUGGCCAACCGAUCAAUCCUCAAUUAUCAGAGAUGGCAAACUCGCAGAGAAAUCAAUUUGGCAAAGGCCGUCAACGAUGGAACACCGUCCGACCCACCAAGGACAGUAGCAGCGGGGGUCCCGGGAGCCCACGAAAUAUUGGCAGUCCCAACGCAAACAACUGGCAAAAUAAUCAGCAGAAUGGUAUUCAAGACAGGUCGACCCCGCGGCAACAGAAUGGCUACCAAAACAAUCGGCAAACAAAUUAUCACAGUAAUCAGAACAGCUAUCAACCAAGGCAGCCGAAUAGUUAUCAAAACGGAUAUCAGAAUGGUAAUAAUGCAGGUGGAUACCAAAGCAAUUUCCACAAUCAGAAUGGAGGUACACCUAGGUAUCAAGGACGCGGUGGAUACCAAGGGAAUAGGUAUAACAGUAGACAGAAUGGGUUUAAUGGCAACCAAAAUGGGCAGGGCAUGUACUCUAUGCCUCCUCCGUUCAUGAUGCCACCAGGCAGUCAUACAGAUGCAGGCAUCCAAAGCCUGGUAAACAACAAGUUCUUCCAGACCAACAGGCCACCACCAGGAACUAACCCGUGUGCUUAUCAAUCAAUGGGUUAUGGCCAGUUUCAACCAGUCUCACCAUACGGCUACCCUUACCCACCAACCCCAGUGCAGCAGUGACAUCUUUCGAGAGGAAAACCCACUGGGGCACGGGCCAAGUAAGCAGGAAAUAAUAUUUGAUAGUUCUCUGUUUCCUAAAUGUCCCGUGAAUAAUUCUAUAAUAAUUACUGUCAAAAGGUAGGUUUUGAUGAAUAUGUUCUUAAUGUG